UAUAGAAGCUCGCAACAGUCAUUUCAUACUGCAUUACAAAGAGUGUCACUCUGCUCUCUAAAGUUAACCCAAAAGUUUCUCGAUCGGUAUAUCAUUCACCUUCUUUACCGAAUUACGUAUUAACGGUUACGUAUACGACGCGUAUCUACUAUUUAAUGAUUUCCAGUUCUUUUACUACAGUUAAACGGCAAUAUCGUCUUUGAUAUAAUAGUCAAAACUUGGGGCAAUUGUAUAUACACGAAAUUUAUAAUGAACAGAUUAAAGUUUUUGAAAAAGUUCUUAAUGCCAUGCGGACUUUGCGCAGCGGUGCCAGUACUUCGAUCUCAAUCUCCUCAAGAUUCUCCUGAUUCUUGCAACAAUAAGAAAGAAAGCAAGAUGAUUCGACCUUCUGAACUUCCUAUUUAUCCGUUAGAAGAUGUUUACUCCAAAGAUAUUCCAUGUUCAAACGUUUAUCCAUCUUCUGCCUUGGAGCAACAAUUUGGGUCGAUUAGAAGAUCCCUCGAAGGUGUCAUGUUACAAUGGCAAGUCAUAUCUGACACAGUUACGUCAAAGAUAAACACCGGAUUGGAGCAUAGUCAAUAUUUAGUAGAGUAUCUUCAAGAAGAAGAUAAUACUAUGCCACGUUUCGGUGCUAUUGGAAUCGGUGGACUGACAGGUAUAAUAUUUGGACUUCGAGGAGGCUUUUUGAAGAAAUUGAUAUAUACCAGUACAGGUGCUCUUAGUGUCGCAGCCAUUUGUUAUCCUAAGAAAGCUGAGGAAAGUUUAGAAUAUGCCAAACAUUAUGCUAAUGUUAGUUAUAAUUUUAUUUAUGGCGUGAAGCCAGGAGAUAACGAGCGAGUACUGCCAGAUAUUAAAUUGUCAAAUAUGUCGACAUUUAAAAUGCCUAGUACUUUUUCGGAACUCGUAGAAUUGAGCGCUGAUACGGGGCGGGCCAUUGUCAAUGUAGUUGGUUCUUUAAGCGAAAGAACAUGGGAACUGGUAACCGAUAAGAAGGAGGUUGCUGUGUUGCAGGUGACGACAUCAACGCUUAAGACAGACUCUGAAAAUAAAGAAAAAGUCGAUUAAAAAGAUAGCUAUCACCGGAUUAUCUAAAUCGUAAUUGUUUGUAAAAAUAUAUAGUAACAAGUAUUAGAAAAAGAUUUCAUUGUUAUUUAUAUAUGUAAGAUAUAUGUAUAUAUUGGUUUCUAUAAGUCAUAUUUUCUCUCUGUGGUUUAUUCUUCUAAUUCAUUAAGAAGACACAGGUAGAUACUAAUAGAGUGGUAAGAAGCUUAUGAAAAGAAUAUGUGUCAUUGGAAGAGUUUCUUCAAUUUCUCUCUCUCUCUCUCUCUCUCUCUCUCUCUCUCCCCCCCCCUCUCUCGCCACAAAAUUGAGAAUUUUUAUAUAAAAAUCUAAUGUCAAUUAUAUCGUAUGGUUGGUAAAGAAUACGAACAGUCUUUAGUAUCAUAUACAUACACAAAAGCAAGUCUUUCGAUUAAUUAAUCAUGUUGGACUUGCAAGAAUAGAUGCAACAGUAGAUAGUAAAACUUGUACAUAGUAUGAAGUAAUUUUUAAAUUCGUCAAAUCAAAUUAGUAAAUAAUAUUUAUAUGUUGUUCGUAUAAUUCGACAUUUUUUAUACAUCGAAAAACAUCUCUUUCUACAACACGUUAAAGUUGGAUCGUACGUGAUUGUUUUUAUUUACAUAUAAGCAAGAAUUAUUUAUGAAAACAAUGAAUGUAAAAAGGAAAUUUUACUGCGCAAUAUAGAUUGUAGAAUUAUCAA